AAAUUUAAGAGUAAAAGUUCUGGAACAAAAAUUCACCGAACAAAUGUCGGAUUGGGAAAUGGACAAAAAAGAAGUCACCAGUUUGAAGAUUUUGUUUUAAAACAAAGGAAAUAUCUUCGUGAAGAACUUCAUUUAUGUGAAAGGGCAACGCAGAAAGUUCUUAUGUACUCAAAUAAUUUCCUUCAUAAGAGGUUAAGGACUGAACCUGAGAGAGUUCGGCGAAUAAAAAGGAAAAAGGGCAAAGCCGUGCUUGGAUUAUUAAAGCCUAUAUCUGAUCUUCCAACAGAAAUGUGUUGCAAAGAUAACUGUGUUUUAAUUGCUCUUUCUCAUGGAAAAUUGUUACAACAGUGGAGAGAGAGGGCAGAAAUGGGACAAGCAGAAGCGAGAAGAGUUUUAGCAGAAAUGCUUACACCAUCUGGUGGAAUCAGAACUAAUUGUUAUAAAUUUAUCUCAUUGGUAACAGGUUGUAGUCGGAGUACAAUAUCAAAAGUUAGCGAUCAGAUGAGACUGACCGGAGGUGAUCGUGAACCACCUCAGCAUGGUUUAAAGAAGUUUUGGCAAGAACAAGCUAAAAAGCACACAGAAGAAAGUAAUAAACCCGAAAAUAUUGAAGAUGGAACUUUGGCAUUUUUGUGCGAAACAAUAAUGUCGUCGAACAACAUAGCUCUGAAUAUUUGUACAGAAUCUGUCUCAACAUCCGAUUCAUUACCGAUUACCACUCUUCAGACAAAUAUGGAAAGUGUGUCACAGAAUCACGUAAAUCUCUCUGAAGAAAGUGCACUGAAGGGAAAUCUUAUAGAAGAAAAUGAAAGUUCUAUAAAUAAUAAUAAUAAAGCACAGAAACUGAAAGAUUUAACUACAAAAAAGCAAGAGACGCAAGAUUCAGUAACAUCACAAGUAUUACCGGCCUUAGAGAAUGAUGCAGAAGAACAGCAACAACUUACUUUUAGCAUUCCUUUUAACAAUACAUCCUCGUUAGAAAUGACAAAUCAGCCACUCUUAUCUCAUCAGGUGAUAGUCGAGGGAUUAAAGGGAACGCAAGUGCUUUCGAAUCUGGGAAGCGUAAUCGUGAUACAUUCGCCAUUAAAAGUGAUCUCAAGUAAUGGGAAUGGCAUUGGUUCUGGAGAUUCCAUCAAGCAGCAGAUCAUAACGCUGCAAACCCAUCCAAUCACAGAUUCUCAUUUGUCACAAUAUGGAAGUUAACUAUGUCGAUCAGGCCACAUCUGCCAUCUUUACAUGGAAGGGUUCAGAUUUAGGAUGAUGAUGUUUUGCUUAGUAAGUGUUGUUCUUGUUUUCAUUUGGAGUUGUUCAAGAUCUGUGUGAGUCCAAUGUAUAACUCCAAAAGAAUAAGUGAGUACUGGGACAACAUAUGUAGUUAUUACUUUAACAUCAUCUUAUUUCAUCACUGAAUAAAAUACAAGCAUAAGUAACACAACGACUGUGAUAAAAAUAUAUAAAUAAAUCUUGAAAUUAAUAGAAUACGUGUUGUGAGUAGUGACAGAGUCCACUCUCACCCAUACCAUUCAUUUACUAUUAUGUGCAUUUAAAAUCUCUUUGUACAACAAUGACUGUAUGUAGUUUGCCACCCAGUUGUGCUAGGCAGUACUGGAUAUGUACUGUACAUGUCACUUGUACCUGAUUAAUAAAAAAAAAAA